CUGAAGAGGGCAGGAGCUAAAUGAUUGCCUUCUGUUGCAUGACGUGAAGUGUCUAUAUGUAUAUGUAUAUAUCUACACAACAGUUCAGUUUAGGGGACACUGCAGUCUUAUAACACCAGAACAGGGAACCUUAUCCUCCUAGAGCUGAAAGAUUACUUUGCAGUGUUGCUGUUGGACUUUGACUCAGCCUGCAUCAUGAUGCUCCUGAAGCUCACAUUAUUUACCUUACUUAUGGCCGCUCUGGACUUGCAGACUCACGUGUCUGGAGAGAAAGAAGUUACCUGUACUUCCCAGAACCAGACUUGUCCAAGAGUUGUUGCCUGUGAUGGUGGUGCUGCUGUGCUGAACUGCGGUCAUCGUCGUAUAAGGAUCAUCAGAGCUUUCUAUGGCCGACUCGAUUCCACCACUUGUGCUGCAGGACGACCUGCCAAUCAAAUCUGUAACAGACAUUGCUCCUUGCCCAGAGCACAACAGAUUGUUUCAUCUAGAUGUAAUGGAAGGUGCUACUGUCGCGUGCCGGUUAAAAGAUGUGUUUUGCCUGAUCCCUGCUGUGGCACCUAUAAGUACCUGUCAAUUAAUUACUACUGUACCUAAAAACUCGAGGGAUUCCAGCUUUCUUCCCAAGGGCCUCUUUUCAUCAGACCAACUGCAUUUGUUAGCUUAAUGAGUUGUGGUGUUGAUGCGCUUUAAAUUAGCAUGCUAUAAUCAACUCCUGUAAUCAUUUUUGUAACUUGUUUAUUUGCGGUUACAUGUAAUCAGUUUCUCCUAAACAAAUUCACUUUAGUAAUAAUGCUUUAAUAAACUAUCCACUAAAUGCAAGCAUAA